AUGAGCUGCUGCAGCUGUUUCCUCCCAUCAACUUUUUGUUUUAUGGAGGAUCUUGGUCUUCUUCUACUGUUUUCCUCUCUGAUUGUGUGUUUGUACUGCUGAUAAAACAUGGACACAUCCCAGCUCAGUGAUCCAGGUCUUGUGCGGGUAGUUUAGAUGUAAAAAGUCCCGUCCUUGAACCUGCACAGUCUGAGUGUAGCGCAGGUUGUAGAAGAUGUGCACAGAGUUCCAGUUUCCUGCAGCCGACUGGAUCCACACGCAGAUCAGACACCGGGGGAAAGUUUAUAACAGUUUCUAAAACCCGCUGGUCUCCGUCCGCUGGAGGACUCCUCGGUGAGGAGGAGGAGGAAGAAGAGGAGGAGGCUGGGCCGACAUGAGGCUGUGUAACCGGGGAGUGAUGAUGCUGCUGACCACGGCGGGGGCUUUCUGCGCCUUCAGUCUCAUGACCAUCGCCGUGGGCACCGACUACUGGCUGUACUCCCGCGGGAUGUGCCGCUCCAAGAGCCAGAACGACAACGAGACCGUCCGCAAGAACGAGGAGGUGUUGACCCACUCGGGUCUGUGGAGGACCUGCUGCACCGAGGGGACAUUUCGGGGCGUUUGCAAAGACAUUGAUCACUUUGCUGAAGAUGCAGACUACGAGCAGGAUGCUGCAGAGUAUUUACUGAGAGCAGUACGAGCCUCCAGCCUCUUUCCCAUCCUCAGUGUGGGAUUAUUAUUUCUCGGAGGUGUGUGUGUAGCUGCCAGCGAGUUCUACAAGUCACGUUACAAUGUCAUCCUCAGCGCUGGUAUACUCUUUGUCUCUGCAGGUCUCAGUAACAUUAUUGGCAUCAUCGUGUACAUAUCAGCCAACUCAGGUGACCCCAGCCAGAGCGACAACAAGAAGAGCUACUCCUAUGGCUGGUCUUUUUAUUUUGGAGCUCUUUCCUUCGUGCUGGCUGAGAUGGUGGGCGUCCUCGCAGUGCACGUGUUUAUAGAAAAACACAGACAGCUUCGCACUAAAGGCCGGCCGUCCCUCAUUAAGCCGGCCAUCUCCCGGAACUCGUCUUACUACCGCAACCGUUACUACCAGAACCGCGGCCGCCGAUACAGCUACAGGAGCAACCACAGCGGAGGGGAGUCGGCCUCACAAUCCUUUCGAGCCUCCAUGGUGCGAGACCGAGAGCCGUCCCUCUCAGCUGAAUCCAAAGUUUUGGCAGGUUUGCCAACACCAGUGACAGUGGGCUCAGAUUUCAUGCUCUACACCUUAACCUCGCCUCUCAAAGACGGUAAGAUUAACAUGGCUGUGGACGAUUUAACUUCUGCAGCUGCUCACAACAACACAGAGAUGCUGCCUGGAAACUGUGCUGCCAACAGAAGGACCACGCCAGUCUGACAGGACAGGAAGUGGGGGAGUAUAGACCUUCAAAGACUAAACAUAAGAGGAACUUCUGUGAAAGGAGAACGUUUAAUGAAAGGAAGUCCUCUCACUUUAUUGGUAAAGAAAGAGGAAAGACUUUGGGGACUGGAACAGGGCUGCAUUGACUAAUCUGUCAGAAAAUAGUGAAAAAAAUCACACAUUCCCAAAGCCCAAUGUAGCGUCUCCAAACUGCUUGUUUUAGUCCAAGACCCAAAGAUCUUCAAUUUAUAAAGCAACAAAAUGAAGCAAAACCUUGUGUUUGAGAAUCAAUGCAUAUUUUUAUGCUUUUUGUAUGUUUUUCUGCUAUGUUGUUACAGUAGCUAUUAAGGAUGCCCCGAUCAAGUUUUUAUGUCCCCGAACCAAGUCAUUUGAGUAUCUGCCGAUGCCGAGUCCUGAUCCGAUACUUCUAUUUUCCUAGAUAAUACAGCUGCACGGUGCACGCUUCAGGUACAUUGAAGUUAUUCAAAUCAAAUGUAUAUGUUUGACAACUGGGGACAAGUGUCAUGAAAGGUGCCCAGAAAUAAAAUGUAAUAUUAUUAUUACUAACUGAAUAUAUCUGCAAUGCAUUAAAGGAUAACUUCGGUAUUUUUCAACCUGGGCUCUAUUUCCCCAUGUGUAUGUGUGCGUAUGAUUCAUAGGUACAACUUGUUUUAAAACUGGUUCAGUAUUGAGGGAGGCGGAUGCAACCAGGAGCUGCGAAACGAGCUAAAACGGUAACGGGGGCAAAUGUGUCCCGUAUAAGUUUGCGCAUUAAAAGUGCUUUUUCGCCACUGACCAGUUCAGAUCGCCAGUGCUAUCUCUGUAAAUAGCAUACUAAGCGUUUUGAACAUUGUUUAUAUAACAUUACCUCCACUGUGUCUGUAGCUCUCUCUACUCGUGGGACAGCCGUUUUCUUGAGGAAGAGGUGUUUCGGGAUUGGAUGUCUUCUCUUCUUCGGCUGGCAGUAGUCAUCUUGGGAGAAGUGAGCACUGCAGACCUGAUGGUCUGCAAGGCGCAGUGUCUGGACAGGAGUGUUAGCAUCCAUUUGUAGCACAACUAGCCACAACUUCAGCAUCUUGCCGUCCGACAAAGGCAGCCUAUGAAAGCUGUACGGGGUGUUGCGCGACAUCCUGUUCUUGCAAUUCGGAUAAGCACAAACACGAACCAUUGUUUUCAAUCGAUGCAGUAAAACUCUCAACUCUACUCCGG